CUAAGACGACAGACUGGCUAUGGACCCUGAGGUCCAAGGAACUGCAUGAUGAGCAUAAGGAGAACAUGUCCUGGCUGUCCCAGCGCCGUGGCUAUUGCACAUGUGACCGGACAGGUAGCGCCUAUAACAUACACAAUGCCACAGACUGUGUUUUGAACAAACAGGCCUGAUCCCUGCAAAGGGUCCCGUACACAGGAGCAUGAACUUGGAGACAGAGGCCCAGGGGAGAAAGGAGCUGGGUGUGAUGCUCCCUGAUACAGCCCCAACCCCUGAGGUGGAAGGUGGAUGGCCCACAUUUGGUGAUCUGGCAGCGCUGAGAGUCACCACAGCCUCUUGCAGGAAGGGGAAGCUGGGCUGGCAGAGUUAGCACGGCAUCAGUAUGAGCUGGUCACCCUCCCUGCCAACCCAGACAUGUGGGGCCUGGGAGAUGAAAGAACGACUUGGGACGGGGGGAUUUGGAAACGUCAUCCGAUGGCACAAUCAGGAAACAGGCGAGCAGAUCGCUAUCAAGCAGUGCCGGCAGGAGCUCAGCCCCCGGAAUCGAGAGCGGUGGUGCCUGGAGAUCCAGAUCAUGAGACGGCUGAACCACCCCAAUGUGGUGGCUGCCCGGGAUGUCCCCGAGGGGAUGCAGAACUUGGCUCCCAACGACUUGCCCCUGCUGGCCAUGGAGUACUGCCAAGGAGGAGAUCUCCGAAAGUACCUGAACCAGUUUGAGAACUGCUGUGGCCUACGGGAAGGAUCCAUCCUCACCUUGCUGAGUGACAUUGCCUCUGCACUUAGAUACCUUCAUGAAAACAGAAUCAUCCAUCGGGAUCUAAAGCCAGAAAACAUCGUCCUGCAGCAAGGAGAGCAAAGAUUAAUACACAAAAUUAUUGACCUAGGAUAUGCCAAGGAACUGGAUCAGGGCAGUCUCUGUACUUCCUUUGUGGGGACCCUGCAAUACCUGGCUCCGGAACUGCUGGAGCAGCAGAAGUACACGGUGACUGUCGACUACUGGAGCUUUGGCACCUUGGCUUUCGAGUGCAUCACGGGCUUCCGGCCUUUCCUCCCCAACUGGCAGCCUGUGCAGUGGCAUUCCAGAGUCCGGCAGAAGAGUGAGAUGGACAUCGUGGUUUUUGAAGACUUGAAUGGAGCAGUGAAGUUUUCCAGCUCUUUACCCUACCCCAAUAAUCUGAACAGUGUCUUGGCACAGCUCCUGGAGAAGUGGCUGCAGCUGAUGCUAAUGUGGCACCCCCGACAAAGGGGCACUGAUCCCAGGUACGGGCCCAAUGGCUGCUUCAAGGCCCUGGAUGACAUCUUAAACUUAAAGCUGGUCCAUAUCUUGAACAUGGUCACAGGCACCAUUCACACCUAUCCAGUGUCAGAAGACGAGAGUCUACAGAGCUUAAAGGCCAGAAUCCAGGAGGACACAGGAAUCCCAGAGGAGGACCAGGAGCUGCUGCAAGAAGCGGGUCUGGCACUGAUUCCCGACAAGCCUGCCACUCAGUGUAUUUCAGACAACAAGCUAAAUGAGGGCCACACAUUGGACAUGGAUCUUGUUUUUCUCUUUGACAACAGUAAAGUCACCUAUGAGACUCAGAUCUCCCCACGGCCUCAACCUGAAAGUGUCAGCUGUAUCCUUCAAGAGCCCAAGAGGAAUCUGCCUUUCUUCCAGCUGCGGAAAGUGUGGGGCCAGGUCUGGCACAGCAUCCAAACCCUGAAGGAGGACUGUAACCGCCUGCAGCAGGGACAGCGAGCUGCCAUGAUGAAUCUCCUCCGGAAUAACAGCUGCCUCUCCAAGAUGAAGAACUCCAUGGCCUCCAUGUCUCAGCAGCUCAAGGCCAAGUUGGAUUUCUUUAAGACCAGCAUCCAGAUUGACCUGGAGAAGUAUAGUGAGCAAACUGAGUUUGGGAUCACAUCAGAUAAACUGCUACUGGCCUGGAGGGAAAUGGAACAGGCUGUGGAGCUCUGUGGGCGGGAGAAUGAAGUGAAACAUCUGGUGGAACGGAUGAUGGCAUUGCAGACAGACAUCGUGGACUUGCAGAGGAGCCCAAUGGGUCGGAAGCAGGGGGGAACACUGGACGACCUAGAAGAGCAAGCAAGGGAGCUUUACAGGAGACUCAGGGAAAAACCAAGAGACCAGCGAACCGAGGGUGACAGUCAGGAAAUGGUACGGCUGCUACUUCAGGCAAUCCAAGCCUUUGAGAAGAAAGUGCGAGUGAUUUACACACAGCUCAGUAAAACUGUGGUUUGCAAGCAGAAGGCUCUGGAAUUGUUGCCCAAGGUGGAGGAGGUGGUGAGUUUAAUGAAUGAGGAUGAGAAGACUGUUGUUCGGCUUCAGGAAAAGCGACAGAAGGAGCUCUGGAAUCUCCUGAAGAUCGCUUGUAGCAAGGUUCGUGGUCCUGUUAGUGGAAGCCCAGAUAGCAUGAACACUUCUCGCCUUAGUCACUCUGGACAGUUGAUGUCUCAGCCUUCCACCGCUCCCAACAGCUCACCUGAGUCAGUCAACAAAAGUGAAGAGCUGGUGGCUGAAGCACAUACUCUCUGCACCCAGCUAGAAAGUGCAAUGCAAGACACCAUGAAAGAACAGGACCAGAGUUUACAGUCUCUAGAUUGGAGCUGGUUACAGACAGAAGAAGAAGAACAGAAUAGCUUGGAGCAGACCUCAUGACUGUGUGUGUGGCCUUGACCACAUGAUGGGGCUGCCUGGCCUGAAGCUGUCCCACAGUGGCUCCUGCUAUGUAGAUGUCCCAGCAGUCUUCGGCACCCAGAUGGAGAUCUUCUCACUUCCCCAACGGUUGUGGCACUGACUGUGGACCAAGGGUGUGGCUCUCCGUGGGCACUGCCAGCAACUUGUCUGUACACUGGAAGUCCUCCAUCACAGAGGCCCAGCGAACGUGGAUGCCAAGCAGGAGCAUUAGGGAGACUAAACCACAACACCUCCUUCCUCUGCUCUGAAAAAAGUACUCAAGUACAGUUGCCCCACAGACCACUGGACAAAUGUCUAACAUGAAUUUUUCAGGACAAAGUAUGAACAGCACUUGGUGCCAGCCUGUCCUCUGGUGACCCUCCUGAUCUUUGGAGGCCCGGAUCCACACGUCCUCACAGUUAGUGUCCAUUGGAUUUGGCUUCUCUUGAACAGACUUUAAAAUCACGGACUUGGCCUGGCCCCAUCCUCUCUCUUCUUCUUUUCAUUUCACUGCUGCUAAAAUUUUCUUUUUACCUACACUUUGGUGGUUAUACUCCCUUUGGCAAGGUUGUAAGUGAAUGCUAACCUCUCCCUGUCUGUAGUCCUUUUGGCCACAGAGUGACUCACUAGAGCCAGGAUGGAAGAGCAACUCCCUUCCUUUGGGUCUCAAAGAUUACUUGGGAGUGAGUUGUUAUGGAGAAGAAGGAAAGAAGAAAAGGUUACCUGUCAACCACAGGCCUGCUGACCACAAGCACACACCUCCUGUUCUUGCUCAGACACAUCUGUGUGGUGGUGGGAUGGGGAGUCCCUGCCUCUCAUAUCAUCUAGCAGUAUUAUUAAAUUGGUUUAUUUUUAAAAA